UCGUAAGAAAUAAAGAAAAGUUUUAUCGAAUUCCUCAACGAAACUUUUCAUUUCUCACAAGUUUACGAAGGAAAUAGAUGCAUGAUCGAUUCGCGGACUAGCGCUACGAUUUUAAACGCAACCGCGACCGCAUUGUAGACGACCCCUUACUUCUAGGGACUCUAGCGGGCGCGCAUCGGCGCGAAAGCGCGCGCGCGGUGUACGUGCCGCGCCAGUCGUCGCGCGUACAUACGUAAACCAGUUAGACGGAAUCCACUUUUCCCUGAGGUAUAAACCUUUUCGUCUAAAACCCGUUGUAUACGCCGAGCGCUUCCUUCUCCCUCGCUCGACUCGUGCUUUCGAUGAUUUCCCUCACCGCCGGCGCCGGCGUGCCCAAUCGCGCGUGCGCGCGCGCGCGCACACACACUCCCCGGAUUCCCCCGCCGCCCGUUCCUACCUACAAGCGCGCCACCGCGUGAGACGCGCUCGUAAUUAUAGAUUCAUUCAGCGCCGGAUCGCCUGUCAGUCGCUCGUCGGCGCUCACAGCGGUCAGUCGUGUGUAGAAUCGUUUGCUGCUAGCUACUGCCGCGUUGUCGAGAGCAUGUUCGGUUUCGGCACCGCUUCUACCCUUGUUUCUCGUCUCCGCGACGAGUGAACGCGAUUCUCAACGAAUGCAGUCGAGCUGCUCUCUGCUCCGGACCAUCCGACAGACAGAAGGGAAGAGAGACUGGCUUCGUCGCGUCGCGAAUCUGUCAGUAUUCCUGAGAUACCUUCAUCUCGCGAAGCGGUGAACCGAUCGAUCGUGUAACUGCCUCCCGAGGACGACCACGGGAGUGUGAUAAAAACAGCCGUGUGUUUUUGAAGCGCGAAUUCUCCGCUCGAGAAAGGAGGAAACGUGCACGUGUACUCUGUCGAGGAGAGAGAAAGACGACGAGAAGCAAGAUAUAUUUCGACCCAGAGAGGCGUAAACGUGUUAUGCCGAUUGCUGUGCUCCGAUUCCGGACGUGCGAGACUCCACGACGAUGCUGACGGUGAUGUGUCCCAACUGCCGGCACCGUUUUCGGGCAGCGCGAUGCUGCGAGCCUGCCGGUGGCGGCGGAGGAGGAGGAGGAGGAGAAACCACCACCACCAGCAGCAGCUGCAACCGAAGGGAGGAGAUGUUGGCCGAGGAGACGAGAGUCGUGAACGCCGGCUUCCCGGCCACAGCGACGACCACCGCGGCCACGGCGCCCACGACGGCGGCCUGCUACGUCGGCGGCCUUCUGGUGCCGCACGGCUACACCAGCGGUGACGGGACCUUCAUAAACGCGCCCACGAUCGUCCACGGACCCGCUGUCUUUCAGUCGGGUAUGACCACUCCUACCGUUGAGAUCGUCAGCUCCGAUGCUACCACGAUGGCUGAUCACGCACAGCGACUCUCCGGCGCGAUUCCUCGCAGCCAAGCGUUCGCGAGGCAGAGCUCUUGCCACGCGACCUCCUCGUUGAUGCAUUCGUCGCGGACGAGCUCGCUGAACGAGCCGCAUUCUCCCGUUAUCGUGGAUUAUGGGAUAACGACACCCACGGAACAGCACGUCGCGACCAAGUGCGAACUCACCGACAGCACCGUGACUAUCUCCACGCCCGGCAUACAGUCCGGCGGUUAUCUGAUUCAGAGCACGGAGACUGGGAUCUUGGUGCAAGCUCCGAAAGCGAGCAUCGAGAUCCGGCCGAAGCUCAACGACAGCAGCUGCCUCGUGCAAGAUAAAUCGCCCGAGGAUGAGCGGCUGACAGCGUCUAGGUACAACACAGAGGCUAACAAUAUUCACCGGACACUCGUCGCGCCUCCGAGCGGAUGUUCGGAAUUGCCUGGAUGCAGGAGGACAUCGUUGUCCAGGAUAACGACGGAGAGCAACGAAACGAUGGAGUCGAGGCAGCGGAAGAUACCGUGCUCGAUAAGGACGAACAGUUGUUGCUGCUGCGGCGGCAACGGCGACGGCGGGACCGUUCAGAAUCUCUGUCAGUGUCACGGUCGGCCGUACGACGUUUCGUCUCUCGAGAACAAUCACGACUCCUUGUUGGUGGAGCCAAUGGGCGGUGGUGGUGUGCAAAUUCAAGUGAAUGCCACGUUGCAGCUGCCCGCGAGCCUCGGCCAAUGCAAGGUAAACAUCACGGCGACGACGGCGGCGUUGCCGACGUCGAACCGGAUGAUCGCGACGGAGUCGCGCGUCAGAAACAACUUCAACGGCGGCGGCAUCGUGCAGCCGGACGAGAUCGUCAACAACAACGAGCGGAGCGACGGCACGCCGACCACACCGGUGUCCUGGCUCAUGCCUUACCCGUGGAACUUGGACACGUACUUGAUAGACAAGGAUAUAAACCGUCUGUGCGAGGUGAAGAGACUGCUGCAGAUCUGUGGCUGGUACCACGAGGGCAUCAGUUGGCAGCAGAGCGAGAACCUUCUAAAGAACGCGCCCGUGGGCCGCUGGCUGAUGAGGGAUAGCUCGGACAGCAGGUAUACCUUCGCCGUGUCCGUGCAGACCAACAGAGGCCCCACGUCGGUCAGGGUGUACUACUUCCUUGAGCGGUUCCGGCUCGACGCCGAGCCGCGGCUGGUGCUGACGAUGCCGCUCUUCGACUGCCCUAUCAAGAUGCUGGAGCACUAUGUCGAAUACUCGAAGAAGAUGGACGAGCACCGGCGGGAGGUGUGGGUCGACUACAGCGGCCAGCUGUACAGUCAGAUCUAUCUGACGAAGCCCUUGGUCAAAGAGGUCAGGUCGUUGUCGCAUCUGGCCCGACUCGCCGUGCACCGGAACAAGCUGCCUACAGACAACCUGCCGCUCUCAAUCAAGAACUAUCUCGCGGAGUAUCCGUAUACGCUUUGAGUGCGCGGUGUGUCUCUUCGCGACCGACAUAUACGCGUCUAUCUUCCAGUAAAUCUAUACAUACAUAUAUUAAGCGGAGAUUUUAUUUUUCUAUAACGCGGUGCGCGCGCGGAGAGGUCUCUCUUUGAGAUCGCUCGUUCGAUGGAUUUGAUUGGCUACGUCUCUCUUUCUCUCUCCCUCUCUCUGUCAGGUCAAGUUGACGAUGGAGAUUGUACACGAGUGUGGAAAGAGAAUGUGAAGUUCGGAGAACGCGAUAAUACGUUUCUUAAUCCAAAUUAUAACAGAGAAUAUUGCUCUUCGUCGAAACUCGCUUUGUAAAAUACCGAGGUACUUUUCUUUCACAUAGAUUCGUGUAAUAUCUCAAUCAAGAGGUCGUGAAACGACUGACGCGAACUUUAAAGUUCAAUGAGGGUCGCGUCUGGUUAUAGAGAGAGAACUACUCUACGUAUUUCGGCGCUUUGAACAAAACUGAUAAGCUCCGCGCGUCACACGUCGUAGGCAGCUAAAGCGAAUACGAGGCACAUCAGGUUAACUUGUUUUCAUCUCGACCGUCGGCCGAUCUAUCGGAGACAAUACACUACGUAAUAACGAGCAUAAUAAGUCGAGAGAAGUGCAUGAAAGAAUAGGCGUGAGAUCUUUGAAACGUCGAGAGCGGGAAAGUACGCUACUCGCGAGUCUUGGACUCGGACGGAAUCAGUUGGCGCACGCCACGGCAUAAUAUUAGAAUAUGUACGCGAUACACACAUAUAUAUACACACAUGUACAUGUACGCGUACGUCGGAUUCUAUCACCAAACACUUCGCGGUAAAAAACGAAGGAGAAAAAAGCUACUUAUAUGCAUUCAAAGGGGCAGGAGAGCGCGCGACUUGUCUCGCGCGUCGAAAGCAUGCCAAGAUCGUCGAUCGGUUCACGUGAAACGGUUUAUACGAAAGGGUACCAUUUACAUACCCUGAUUGAACGUAAUCUCGAUAACUAUACCUUUGAUAGUUCGCGAGUACUAUUGAGAUAUUUAGACAACGAUACCCAUUCGAAUAAUACUAAAAAACGAGAAGGAGGAGGGACGGUCAUGAGAGAUAUUCGACGUGCCACACAUGGACGUUCGAAGUUACAGCGAUCGUAUUUAUUUGUGAAAAGGGAAGAACAAUUCUCUAUCAUUUCUCGUAGUACUGUCGCGAUAGAGAUAGUCACGCUUUAUGUAUCGCGGAAUUGUCGCAGUAGCUCGCGCACGGAGGACGUAACAUUAAGUUUAUUUUAUUGGACGAGCAACGUGGAACUUUGACGCGAGCAAGCGAGUAUCGUAUCGCUAGCAAACGGCAGAAGAAGGAAGAAAUUCGCGAGUCCUUCUCUUCCGAACGCUAUGCGAAUGACAGCAGAGGUGUGAAAAUUAUUAGAAUAAUUUUGAUUUCUUUAUCCAUUUUCUCUAAUUGUUCUUAUCAAUUAAUGCAUAAUUUUUAGGAGAUAUUAUAAUUUGUUAUCGAUACUUCUUAUAGAUUUAAAAUGAUUACAGAUUUUUAUUAUAUAUGGGAUAACUAAAUGUGAUAUAAAUAAUGAUGGAUAUAUCGUAUAGUAUAUUAUAUCCUGUGUUGUAUGAUAUAUUUGGUAUAUAAAGAUAAAUUUUUUAUAUUAGAAAUAGCGGGUUACUUAUACACUAAGAAAAAUACUGGAAAAUUCAUUUUUGGGAUAAAGUUUAUUUUUGUGAAAUAAUUUGUCAUUUACAUAAUUUAGUCGUGUAACAUGUAAUCUGUAAUUAUCGAAUCUGAAAUUAUUUGAAAUCUAUGAGGAAUAUCGAUAACAAAUUAUAAUAUUUCCUGAAAUCAAUUAUUUAUUGAGAAGAAUAAUUAGAGAAAAUGAAUAAAGGAAUGAAAAUUAUUGUAAUUAUUUUCAGUUCUUUGCAUAUAUCUGUUUACCGAGUAGCGAACUCGGAAAUAAUCAAUCGUUUCAUUUCUUAUCCGCUGAUUUCCAUUAAAAAAUUUGCAAUGUAAAAUAACCUUUACGUUGAAAGUCUAGAGGAACUCGAGAUUCUGUGUUUCUUCUUCUUUUUUUUUUGUUUUUAAUCAUACUGAUGGUCUCGCGACCGCGCUUAAUGCAGUUUAAUCAUUAGACAAUUUGAUGAUUGUGUUACGUCCGUCGUUCGUGUAAUUCUUUCUCGAUUGCCGCAUGAGGAAACGCUCAUUCACUUGCCCCGUCGACGCGCCCUCAGCAGCUGGAGACCUCGCGAAGUCUAAUUGUCGCGCGCGUGCGCACACUGUAUCCGCUGUGUUUUAAAUCACAAUCGGGAAAGAUCUCGUACGAUUCUUUUAAUCUCCGUGAGCCAAUCGCUCCUUGUGUUUUACUUUUGACAGCUGGACGAAGCGAAACGUAGACUUAGGUGUGUAGAUUUAUGUGCGUCACACUCGAGGAUGAGCACAGCACAGCUUGAAUCAACGUCGACUAAUCUGCUCGAUCCUAACCCUCCAGAUUUCUGACAAUUCUGCGAUCUCUCGGGUCGCCGUUCUUCGAUCACUUCUCCGCGUGGCGGUUUUAUAAACUUUUCAUAUUCGUAGCGCCUAUACGCCGAUUGGUCUGACUGUAUUCAGUCUGACUGUAUUCCAAAUUGACUCGUUAGACUCUAGUCGGUCAAGAGUUCAGCCGCUGCUUCGGAUCCCCGAGAUUAGUUGAUGCGAUGGCUCGUGUGAGCUUUCCUACGACAGCAAAGCGGUCUCUCGUCGAAGCUGCCGCGUGGAUCCCGUGUUGUAAAACAGGGAAGCGAAAAAAGAAAAGAAAAAAACAGUAGGCGUAUACGAAAGUUAGGUAUAAAGUUACUAUACGUGCGUCCCAUGAGCCCGGACACUCACUCCCGUUUGCACACACAUACACACACAACAACACACAAGACAUACAUAUAUGUAUAUAUUUUUCUAAAAAACCGCGAAAUUCCGAGCGAGUCUCUUAAGGAUAACUAGAAAACAUUGCGUGUACGGGAGACUUAGCGGAGAGAGAAGGAGAAGUAAUAGCCGUAGGAGCGAGAGGAGGAGCGGGAGAAGGAAGAAGGAGCGCGUGUGUCGCGCUGGCACGUAUAAAUAAGCGCGUGUGCAUCGUAUGUAUGCGAAGGCGUGGGUGACUGCACGCUUUUGCGAACGUAUACGUACGCAUACGGCCGUGGCGAUUGUUAACGGCUCGCGCGGCGUAGUGCGCGAGAGAAUAGUAGCGCGUGUGUGUGAGCGUGUGUGUGUGUCUGUCUCUACAUUAGAGAUAUGCGAGCGGUUCGGUACCGAGGCGAUUCUCAGAAGCGGUAAUUGCUACGAGAUAACAUUACACGCGAUUUGCGCGCGCGUAUGUGCGUGUGCGCGCAUGUAAUUUGCAGUUGCGAUAUAAACGCGAUAGACACAAGCGCGUUGUGUCAUGGCGACAGCGAGGCUGGGGAAGGGCAGAAAGGGAGGGAGGGAGGAAGCAAGCAAGCAAGCAAGCAAGCAAGCAAGCAAGCAAGCAAGCAAAGUGGGGUAAGAUUAGAAGAUGUAUAACACGUAGUUUUGCGAAUGUACGUGUAUUAACGUCGCACGGAUGCCUCGCGGAUCUCUGCGCGGACUUGCCCUCCCGUCGGCUGGAAAGAUCUCCAGGGACAUGUCACUUUCCCGCUUGCGAGUCAGAAAAGUCGCAUGUAAAAAAGCCGCUUGUUAUGAACUCUAUCUCGCAGCGACGAACGAGACGGCGUCGGCCGUUGUCGGCGGUAGCUAGUUUCGGUAUGGUGUAUCGUAUCUGCGCUCGGGCGGAGACUGAUCAGGCCGAAAACUGCCAAUUUUCACUCGUGAAGUUUGUGUGCCUAUGCGCGACCCGGGGCCCGUCGUUCGCUCGUCGACACUCGCCUGACGAACGUUCGAUUGCACACGGCACAGCUGUGUGUGGAGUCGCUAAACACGCGCGUUGUACCGAAUGCUGGGCGAGCGAACCGUCUGGGUCGGCUUUAGAGACGCUCGAGUCGGAACUAGGUCGAUCCAAUCUCUCGAGGUUUUGUCGCAUCGACGUGUGCUCGCGAGCAGCGGAGGACAAUUGGCCACGUUAUGCAAGAACGACCUUCAACUCGCAGACCUAUGAUUUUUGAGUUUUUAUCUCACCAAUAAAUAGUCCACACGUCCUUCUACAUGAAGCAUAAAAGAUCUAAAAAUUUAUGGGCGCUUUAAUUAAUUAAAUAACAAUUUUUGCUUAUUUUCCGCUUUUAUUUGUUGCGUCUUUUAUCAUUUCGAGGGCUAAACUUACCAACAAAGGCCUCUUUAGACCCGCAUUAAUAGUUAUUAUUUGAAACUCGUUUCACAAGUGAGAUACUCAGAUUUAAAUUCAUAGUUAAAUGAGAGUUUUGAGAGUCGAAUCGCGCGAUUACUGAUAUAAAUGUCACAUAUGUAUCGUAAUUCAAUUGA